GCUCCAUAUUAUACAGUAUGCGAUUUUUGAGAACUGAUAGUGCAUCAGCCGACCCAGAUAAUUUAAAAUAUUCCUCAUCCAGAGAUAGAGGUGGUUCUUCCUCUUAUGGACUGCAACCUUCAAAUUCAGCUGUGGUGUCUCGGCAAAGGCACGAUGAUACCAGAGUCCACGCUGACAUACAGAAUGACGAAAAGGGUGGCUACAGUGUCAAUGGAGGAUCUGGGGAAAAUACUUAUGGUCGGAAGUCGUUGGGGCAAGAGCUGAGGUUUAACAAUGUGACCAGCUCUGAGUUCACCAGUGUUCAGCAUGGCAGUCGUGCGUUAGCCACCAAAGACAUGAGGAAAUCACAGGAGCGAUCGAUGUCUUACUCUGAUGAGUCUCGACUGUCGAACCUUCUUCGGAGGAUCACCCGGGAAGACGACAGAGACCGAAGGCUGGCUACUGUAAAGCAGCUGAAAGAAUUUAUUCAGCAACCAGAAAAUAAACUGGUACUAGUAAAACAGUUGGAUAAUAUCUUGGCUGCUGUUCAUGAUGUGCUUAAUGAAAGUAGCAAGUUGCUUCAGGAGUUGAGACAAGAGGGAGCUUGCUGUCUUGGCCUUCUUUGUGCUUCUUUGAGCUAUGAGGCUGAGAAGAUCUUCAAGUGGAUUUUCAGCAAAUUUAGCUCAUCUGCAAAAGAUGAAGUUAAACUUCUCUACUUAUGUGCCACCUACAAAGCACUAGAGACUGUAGGAGAGAAGAAAGCCUUUUCAUCUGUAAUGCAGCUUGUAAUGACCAGCCUACAGUCCAUCCUUGAAAAUGUGGAUACACCAGAAUUACUUUGCAAGUGUGUUAAAUGCAUUCUUUUGGUGGCUCGAUGUUACCCUCAUAUUUUCAGCACCAAUUUUAGGGAUACAGUGGAUAUAUUAGUUGGAUGGCACAUAGACCAUACUCAGAAACCAUCACUCACACAGCAGGUGUCUGGGUGGUUGCAGAGUUUGGAACCAUUCUGGGUAGCUGAUCUUGCAUUUUCUACCACUCUCCUUGGGCAAUUUCUAGAAGACAUGGAGGCAUAUGCUGAGGACCUCAGCCAUGUGGCCUCUGGGGAAUCAGUGGAUGAAGAUGUUCCUCCUCCAUCAGUGUCUUUACCAAAGCUUGCAGCACUACUCCGGGUGUUCAGUACUGUGGUGAGGAGCAUCGGGGAGCGCUUCAGCCCAAUUCGGGGUCCUCCAAUUACUGAGGCAUAUGUAACAGAUGUUCUGUACAGAGUAAUGAGAUGUGUGACGGCUGCAAACCAAGUAUUUUUUUCUGAGGCUGUGUUGACAGCUGCUAAUGAGUGUGUUGGUGUUUUGCUCGGCAGCUUGGAUCCUAGCAUGAGUAUACAUUGUGAUAUGGUCAUUACAUAUGGAUUAGACCAACUGGAGAAUUGCCAGACUUGUGGUACUGAUUAUAUCAUCUCAGUCUUGAAUUUACUCACAUUGAUUGUCGAGCAGAUAAAUACAAAACUACCAUCAUCAUUUGUAGAAAAACUAUUUAUACCAUCAUCUAAACUAUUAUUUUUACGUUAUCAUAAAGAAAAAGAGGUUGUUGCUGUAGCCCAUGCUGUUUAUCAAGCAGUGCUCAGCUUAAAGAAUAUUCCUGUCCUGGAGACUGCCUAUAAAUUAAUUUUGGGAGAGAUGACUUGUGCCCUAAACAACCUUCUACAUAGUCUACAACUUCCUGAGGCCUGUUCUGAAAUAAAACAUGAGGCUUUCAAGAGUCACGUAUUUAAUGUAGACAAUGCAAAGUUUAUAGUUAUAUUUGACCUCAGUGCACUGACGACAAUUGGAAAUGCCAAGAACUCUUUAAUUGGGAUGUGGGCUCUCUCCCCAACCGUCUUUGCACUUUUGAGUAAGAACCUGAUGAUUGUGCAUGGUGACCUGGCUGUUCACUUCCCGGCCAUUCAGUAUGCAGUGCUCUACACCUUGUAUUCUCAUUGUACCAGGCAUGAUCACUUUAUAUCUAGUAGUCUUAGUUCUUCGUCCCCAUCUUUGUUUGAUGGCGCUGUGAUUAGUACUGUGACUACAGCUACAAAGAAACAUUUCUCAAUUAUAUUAAAUCUUCUGGGAAUACUUCUGAAAAAGGAUAAUCUUAAUCAGGACACAAGGAAACUGUUGAUGACUUGGGCUUUGGAAGUGGCUGUUUUAAUGAAGAAAUCCGAAACAUAUGCACCUUUAUUCUCUCUUCCAUCUUUUCAUAAGUUUUCCAAAGGCCUUUUAGCCAACACUCUUGUUGAAGAUGUGAGUAUCUGUCUGCAAGCAUGCAGCAGUCUGCACGCUCUGUCCUCUUCCUUGCCGGACGAUCUGCUACAGAGGUGUGUUGAUGUUUGUCGUGUUCAACUGGUUCAUAGUGGAACUCGAAUCCGGCAAGCCUUUGGAAAGCUGUUGAAGUCAAUUCCUUUAGAUGUGGUCUUAAGCAAUAACAAUCACACAGAAAUACAAGAAAUUUCUUUAGCACUCCGAAGCCACAUGAGUAAAGCACCUAGUAACACCUUCCACCCUCAGGAUUUCUCUGAUGUCAUCAGUUUCAUCUUGUAUGGGAACUCUCAUAGAACAGGGAAGGACAAUUGGUUAGAGAGAUUGUUCUAUAGCUGCCAGAGACUGGAUAAGCGUGAGCAAUCAACAAUUCCCCGCAAUCUCCUCAAGACAGAUGCUGUUCUUUGGCAGUGGGCUAUUUGGGAAGCAGCUCAGUUCACAGUCCUUUCUAAGUUGAGAACCCCACUGGGCAGAGCUCAAGAUACCUUCCAGACCAUCGAAGGGAUCAUUAGAAGUCUGGCAGCUCACACAUUAAACCCUGAUCAAGAUGUGAGUCAGUGGACAACUGCAGAUAAUGAUGAAGGCCAUGGCAGCAACCAGCUUAGACUUGUUCUUCUUCUGCAGUAUCUGGAGAACCUGGAGAAAUUAAUGUAUAAUGCAUAUGAGGGGUGUGCCAAUGCACUGACAUCGCCUCCCAAGGUCAUUAGGACUUUUUUCUACACCAAUCGCCAAACUUGUCAGGACUGGCUAACUCGGAUCCGCCUCUCUAUAAUGAGGGUUGGAUUAUUGGCAGGCCAGCCUGCUGUGACAGUAAGACAUGGGUUUGACUUGCUUACAGAAAUGAAGACAAAUAAUCCAUCUCAGGGGAAUGAAUUGGAAGUAACCAUCAUGAUGGUGGUGGAGGCAUUGUGUGAGCUUCAUUGUCCUGAGGCUAUACAGGGAAUUGCUGUGUGGUCAUCUUCUGUUGUUGGUAAAAACCUUCUCUGGAUUAACUCAGUGGCCCAGCAGGCUGAAGGGAGGUUUGAAAAGGCUUCUGUGGAGUACCAGGAGCACUUAUGUGCCAUGACGGGGGUUGAUUGCUGCAUCUCCAGCUUUGACAAAUCUGUUCUCACUCUGGCCAAUGCAGGGCGCAACAGUGCCAGCCCCAAGCAUUCUCUGAACGGUGAAUCCAGAAAAACUGUGCUGUCCAAACCAACAGAGUCUUCCCCUGAGGUCAUUAAUUACUUAGGAAACAAGGCAUGUGAGUGCUAUGUGUCCAUUGCUGAUUGGGCUGCUGUGCAGGAGUGGCAGAGUGCCGUGCACGACCUGAAGAAGAGCACUAGCAGCACUUCCCUCAACCUGAAGGCCGACUUCAACUACAUCAAGUCACUAAGUAGUUUUGAGUCUGGAGAAUUUGUUGAAUGCACUGAGCAACUAGAAUUGUUACCAGGAGAAAACAUUAAUCUUCUUGCUGGAGGAUCAAAAGAAAAAAUAGAUAUGAAAAAACUACUUCCUAAUAUGUUAAGUCCGGAUCCAAGGGAACUUCAGAAGUCCAUUGAAGUUCAGUUGUUGAGAAGUUCUGUUUGUUUGGCAACUGCUUUAAACCACAUAGAACAGGAUCAGAAGUGGCAGUCUAUAACUGAAAAUGUGGUAAAGUACUUGAAGCAAACCUCUCGCAUAGCUAUUGGACCACUGAGAUUGUCUACAUUAACAGUUUCCCAGUCCUUGCCGGUCCUGAGUACCUUACAGUUAUAUUGCUCUUCUGCUUUGGAGAACACAGUUGCUAAUCGACUUUCAACAGAGGACUGUCUGAUUCCACUGUACAGUGAGGCUUUGCGCUCCUGCAAGCAGCAUGAUGUGAGGCCCUGGAUGCAGGCAUUGAGGUACACCAUGUACCAGAAUCAGUUGUUGGAGAAAAUCAAAGAGCAAACAGUCCCAAUUAGAAGCCAUCUCAUGGAGUUAGGCCUGACAGCAGCCAAGUUUGCUAGAAAACGGGGGAAUGUGUCGCUUGCGACAAGACUGCUGGCACAGUGCAGUAAGGUUCAACUGGGAAAGACGACCACUGCCCAGGACUUAGUCCAGCAUUUUAAAAAACUCUCAACUCAAGGCCAAGUAGAUGAAAAAUGGGGGCCUGAACUUGAUAUUGAGAAAACCAAACUGUUGUAUACAGCAGGCCAAUCAACUCAUGCGAUGGAGAUGUUGAGUUCUUGUGCUCUGUCUUUCUGCAAAUCUGCCAAAGCUGAAUAUGCAGUUGCUAAAUCAAUUCUGACGCUAGCUAAAUGGAUCCAGGCUGAAUGGAAAGAGAUAUCUGGACAGCUGAAGCAGGUCUACAGAGCACAACAGCAGCAGAACACCUCAGGUCUUUCUACUCUAUCGAAAAACAUACUCACUUUAAUAGAGCUGCCCACUGUCAACACGAUUGAGGAAGAGUACCCUCGGAUCGAGAGUGAGUCGACAGUGCAUAUUGGAGUUGGAGAACCUGACUUCAUUUUGGGACAGUUAUAUCAUCUGUCAUCAGUACAGGCACCUGAAGUUGCCAAAUCCUGGGCAGCAUUGGCUAGUUGGGCUUAUCGGUGGGGCAGGAAGGUGGUUGACAAUGCCAGUCAGGGAGAAGGUGUUCGUCUGUUGCCUAGAGAAAAAUCAGAAGUUCAAAAUCUGCUUCCAGAUUCUGUAACUGAAGAAGAGAGAGAGAGAAUAUAUGGUAUUCUUGGACAGGCUGUGUGUCGACCAGCAGGAAUUCAGGAUGAGGAUAUAACACUUCAGAUAACAGAGAAUGAAGAUAAUGAGGAAGAUGACAUGGUCGAUGUAAUCUGGCGGCAGUUACUUUCAAGCUGCCCAUGGCUUUCUGAGCUCGAUGAAAGUGCAACUGAAGGCGUUAUAAAAGUGUGGAGGAAAGUUGUGGAUAGAAUCUUCAGCCUGUACAAAUUGUCUUGUAGUGCAUAUUUUACCUUCCUUAAGCUCAACGCUGGUCAGAUUCCUUUGGAUGAGGAUGACCCCAGGCUACAUUUGAGUCACAGGGCAGAGCAGAGCACUGACGAUGUGAUUGUAAUGGCCACUUUGCGACUGCUCAGGUUGCUUGUGAAGCAUGCUGGUGAGCUCCGACAGUACCUAGAGCACGGUUUGGAAACAACACCUACUGCCCCAUGGAGAGGAAUUAUUCCACAGCUUUUCUCACGCUUAAAUCACCCUGAAGUAUAUGUGCGUCAGAGUAUUUGCAACCUCCUAUGCCGUGUAGCUCAAGAUUCUCCCCAUCUCAUAUUGUACCCUGCAAUAGUAGGGACCAUCUCACUCAGCAGCGAAUCCCAGGCAUCUGGAAACAAGUUUUCAUCUGCAAUUCCAACCUUACUUGGAAAUAUUCAAGGAGAAGAAUUGCUGGUUUCAGAAUGUGAGGGAGGAAGUCCUCCUGCUUCUCAGGAUAGCAACAAGGAUGAACCGAAGAGUGGAUUAAAUGAAGACCAAGCUAUGAUGCAGGAUUGCUACAGCAAAAUUGUGGAUAAGCUGUCCUCUGCAAACCCUACUAUGGUGUUACAGGUCCAGAUGCUGGUGGCAGAGCUGCGCAGGGUCACUGUGCUCUGGGACGAGCUUUGGCUGGGAGUUUUGUUACAACAGCACAUGUAUGUCCUGAGACGGAUUCAGCAGCUGGAAGAUGAGGUGAAGCGAGUCCAGAACAACAACACCUUACGCAAAGAAGAGAAAAUUGCCAUCAUGCGGGAAAAGCACACAGCUCUGAUGAAGCCCAUUGUGUUUGCCUUGGAGCAUGUGAGGAGUAUCACAGCAGCCCCUGCAGAAACACCCCAUGAAAAGUGGUUUCAGGAUAACUAUGGUGAAGCCAUUGAAAAUGCCCUGGAAAAGCUGAAGACCCCAUCAAACCCUGCAAAGCCUGGAAGCAGCUGGAUUCCAUUUAAAGAGAUAAUGCUGAGUUUGCAGCAGAGAGCCCAGAAACGUGCAAGUUACAUAUUACGCCUUGAAGAAAUCAGCCCAUGGUUGGCUGCCAUGACUAACACUGAAAUUGCUCUUCCUGGGGAAGUCUCAGCCAGAGACACAGUCACAAUCCACAGCGUGGGUGGAACCAUUACAAUUUUACCAACUAAAACCAAACCCAAGAAACUUCUCUUUCUAGGAUCAGAUGGGAAGAACUAUCCUUACCUUUUCAAAGGACUGGAGGAUUUACAUCUGGAUGAGAGGAUAAUGCAGUUCUUAUCUAUUGUGAAUACCAUGUUCGCUACGAUCAAUCGCCAGGAAACACCCCGUUUCCAUGCUCGACACUAUUCGGUAACACCACUGGGCACAAGGUCAGGGCUGAUCCAGUGGGUGGAUGGAGCCACACCCUUAUUUGGUCUUUACAAGCGAUGGCAACAGCGGGAAGCUGCCUUGCAAGCACAAAAGGCUCAAGAUUCCUAUCAGACACCUCAGAAUCCUGGCAUUGUACCCCGUCCUAGUGAACUUUACUAUAGUAAAAUUGGCCCAGCUCUGAAAACUGUUGGUCUUAGCUUGGAUGUAUCCCGUCGGGACUGGCCCCUACAUGUGAUGAAGGCUGUGUUGGAGGAGUUAAUGGAGGCCACACCCCCAAAUCUCCUGGCUAAAGAGCUUUGGUCAUCUUGUACCACCCCUGACGAAUGGUGGAGAGUCACACAGUCUUAUGCAAGAUCUACUGCUGUCAUGUCUAUGGUUGGCUACAUUAUUGGACUUGGAGAUAGACACUUGGACAAUGUCCUCAUAGAUAUGACGACUGGAGAAGUGGUCCACAUAGAUUACAAUGUGUGCUUUGAAAAAGGUAAAAGCCUUAGAGUUCCUGAGAAAGUCCCUUUCCGAAUGACACAAAACAUUGAAACUGCACUUGGUGUUACUGGAGUAGAAGGUGUUUUUAGGCUUUCUUGUGAGCAGGUGCUACACAUUAUGCGGCGUGGCCGAGAGACUUUGCUGACACUCCUGGAGGCCUUUGUGUAUGAUCCCUUGGUGGACUGGACAGCAGGAGGCGAGGCUGGGUUUGCUGGAGCUGUCUAUGGUGGAGGUGGCCAGCAGGCUGAGAGCAAGCAGAGCAAGCGAGAGAUGGAGCGAGAGAUCACCCGCAGCCUCUUUUCUUCCAGAGUAGCUGAAAUAAAGGUGAACUGGUUUAAGAACAGGGAUGAGAUGCUGGUUGUGCUUCCCAAGCUGGACAGUAGCUUAGAGGAAUAUCUCAGCCUACAAGAGCAGCUGACGGAUGUGGAAAAACUACAGGGCAAGCUGCUAGAGGAAAUAGAGUUUCUAGAAGGAGCCGAAGGAGCAGAUCAUCCUUCACACACGCUACAACAUAGGUAUUCUGAACAUACUCAACUACAGACCCAGCAAAGAGCAGUUCAGGAAGCAAUCCAGGUCAAGCUGAAUGAAUUUGAACAGUGGAUAACACAUUAUCAGGCUGCGUUCACUAAUUUAGAAGCAACACAGCUUGCAAGUUUACUUCAGGAGAUCAGCACACAAAUGGACCUUGGUCCCCCAAGCUAUGUGCCAGCAACAGCCUUUCUGCAGAAUGCUGGCCAGGCCCACCUGAUCAGCCAGUGUGAGCAGCUGGAGGGUGAAGUUGGCGCUCUUCUGCAGCAGAGACGCUCGGUGCUUCGAGGCUGUCUGGAACAGCUACAUCACUAUGCAACUGUUGCUCUGCAGUAUCCAAAAGCCAUAUUUCAGAAACACCGAAUUGAACAGUGGAAGACCUGGAUGGAAGAGCUUAUCUGCAACACCACAGUAGAGCGUUGUCAAGAACUCUACAGAAAAUAUGAAAUGCAGUAUGCUCCCCAGCCACCCCCAGCUGUGUGUCAGUUCAUCACUGCCACUGAAAUGACCCUGCAGCGAUAUGCAGCAGACAUAAACAGCAGGCUUAUCCGACAAGUGGAACGCUUAAAACAAGAAGCUGUCACUGUGCCCGUUUGUGAGGACCAGUUGAAAGAAAUCGAACGUUGCAUUAAAGUUUUCCUUCAUGAGAAUGGAGAAGAAGGAUCUUUGAGUCUAGCAAGUGUCAUUAUUUCUGCGCUUUGUACUCUCACAAGGCGCAACCUAAUGAUGGAAGGGGCAGCCUCAAGUGCUGGGGAACAGCUGGUUGACCUGACGUCUCGGGAUGGAGCCUGGUUUUUAGAGGAGCUGUGCAGCAUGAGUGGGAAUGUCACUUGCUUGGUUCAGUUACUGAAGCAGUGCCACCUGGUGCCGCAGGACUUAGACAUCCCAAACCCAAUGGAAGCCUCUGAGGCUGUUCACUUAGCCAAUGGUGUAUAUACCUCAUUGCAGGAAUUGAAUUCAAAUUUUCGACAAAUCAUCUUCCCAGAAGCACUUAGAUGUUUAAUGAAAGGGGAGUCUACCUUAGAAAACAUGCUCCAUGAAUUGGAUAGUCUCAUUGAGCAGACAGCUGAUGGUGCUCCUCUGCAAACUAUAGUUGAAUCUCUUCAAGCCUACCUAAGAAAUGCAGCUAUGGGACUCGAAGAAGAAACACAUGCCCAUUACAUUGAUGUUGCCAGAGUACUGCAUGCCCAAUACGGUGAAUUAAUCCAACCAAGAAAUGGUUCUGUUGAUGAAACACCUAAAAUGUCAGCUGGCCAGAUGCUCUUGGUAGCAUUUGAUGGCAUGUUUGCCCAGGUUGAAACAGCUUUUGGUUUAUUAGUUGAAAAGUUAAACAAGAUGGAAAUUCCUGUUGCUUGGAGGAAGAUUGAUAUCAUUCGGGAAGCAAGAAGUACCCAAGUUAAUUUUUUUGAUGAUGACAAUCACCGGCAGGUGCUAGAAGAAAUUUUUUUUCUAAAAAGACUACAGACAAUUAAAGAGUUCUUCAGGCUCUGUGGUACUUUUUCUAAAACAUUGUCAGGAUCAAGUUCACUUGAAGAUCAGAAUACUGUGAAUGGUCCUGUGCAGAUUGUCAAUGUGAAAACACUUUUUAGAAACUCUUGUUUCAGUGAGGACCAAAUGGCCAAACCCAUCAAGGCCUUCACAGCUGACUUCGUGAGGCAGCUCUUGAUAGGCCUCCCAAACCAAGCCUUGGGGCUCACACUGUGCAGCUUUAUCAGUGCCCUGGGCGUGGACAUCAUUGCCCAGGUGGAGGCCAAGGAUUUUGGUGCUGAAAGCAAGGUUUCUGUGGAUGACCUGUGUAAGAAAGCAGUGGAGCACAACAUCCAGGUGGGGAAGUUCUCUCAGCUGGUGAUGAACAGGGCGACUGUGCUAGCUAGCUCCUACGACACAGCAUGGAAGAAGCACGACCUUGUGCGCAGGCUGGAAACGAGCAUUGCUUCCUGUAAGACAAGCCUGCAGCGGGUCCAGCUCCAGAUCGCCAUGUUCCAGUGGCAACAUGAAGAUCUGCUUAUCAACAGACCUCAAGCCAUGUCAGUCACCCCACCCCCUCGGUCUGCAAUCCUGACCAGCAUGAAGAAGAAGUUGCAUACUCUGAGUCAGAUUGAAACUUCCAUCGCCAAUGUUCAGGAGAAACUAGCAGCCCUUGAAGCAAGUAUCGAGCAGCGACUCAAGUGGGCAGGCGGUGCCAACCCAGCACUGGCGCCUGUACUGCAGGAUUUUGAAGCAACAAUAGCUGAAAGAAGGAAUCUGGUCCUCAAAGAGAGCCAGAGAGCAAAUCAGGUCACUUUUCUCUGUAGCAACAUCAUUCACUUUGAAAGUUUACGAACAAGAACUGCGGAAGCCUUAAACCUGGAUGCUGCAUUAUUUGAACUAAUCAAGCGAUGCCAGCAAAUGUGCUCAUUUGCAUCACAGUUUAACAGUUCAGUCUCUGAGUUAGAGCUUCGGUUAUUACAGAGAGUGGACACAAGCCUAGACCAUCCCAUUGGCAGCUCUGAAUGGCUCCUGUCAGCACACAAGCAGUUGACACAGGACAUGUCUAACCAGAGGGCAGUUCAGACAGAGAAGGAGCAACACAUAGAAACAGUCUGUGAAACAAUCCAGAAUCUGGUGGAUAAUAUCAAGACUGUGCUUACUGGUCAUAACCGACAGCUGGGAGAUGUCAAACAUCUCCUCAAAGCAAUGGCGAAGGAUGAAGAAGCUGCUCUGGCAGAUGGUGAAGAUGUUCCCUAUGAGAACAGUGUCAGGCAGUUCCUGGGUGAAUAUAAAUCAUGGCAAGACAACAUUCAGACGGUUCUAUUUACCUUAGUGCAGGCUAUGGGUCAGGUUCGAAGUCAGGAACAUGUGGAAAUGCUCCAGGAAAUCACUCCCACCUUGAAAGAACUGAAAACACAGAGUCAGAGUAUCUAUAAUAAUUUAGUGAGUUUUGCAUCACCCUUAGUCACCGAUGCAACAAAUGAAUGUUCGAGUCCAACAGCAUCUGCCACUUGUCAGCCAUCCUUUGCUGCAGCAGUCCGGAGCAACACUGCCCAGAAGACUCAGCCUGAUGUCAUGUCACAGAAUGCUAAAAAGCAGAUUCAGAAAAAUCUUGCUACAUCAGCAGAUACUCCACCAAGCACCAUCCCAGGAGCUGGCAAGAGUGUUGCCUGCAGUCCCAAGAAGGCAGUCAGAGACCCUAAAACUGGGAAAGCUGUACAAGAGAGAAACUCCUAUGCAGUGAGUGUGUGGAAGAGAGUGAAAGCCAAGUUAGAAGGCCGAGAUGUCGACCCGAACAGGAGGAUGUCAGUUGCUGAGCAGGUUGACUAUGUCAUUAAGGAAGCAACUAAUCUAGAUAACUUGGCUCAGCUGUAUGAAGGUUGGACAGCCUGGGUGUGAAUGGCAAGACAGUAGAUGAGUCUGGUUAAGCGAGGUCAGACAUCCACCAGAAUCAACUCAGCCUCAGGCAUCCAAAGCCACACAACAGUCGGUGGUGAUGCGACUGGGGGCUUACUCUGAGGAAACCUAGGAAAUCUCGGUGCACUAGGAAGUGAGUCCUGCAGGACAGCUGCACUCAGGGAUACGCCCAACACCGUGGCCUGCAACCCCAGGGUCAAGGGUGAAGAAAGCAAGCUCACCGCCUGAACACGGAGAUUGUCUUUCUGCCACCACCGCAGCUGCAAACGUGUCAGGAGGUUAGCUGAGAGAGAAAUGGGGAUGCCGCAGAGCACAGAGUGAUUUGGAACUCCACUCCACCUGACCCUGUGUGUGCAACCCAGGAAAACAAACCCCGCACAGAAACAGAGAAAACUGGGGCCGCGAAGAAAUCACAGCCAAGGAAGAUUUGAUGCAUCCAGAUUCUGGAGAAAUACUUGUUGCUUGGCAACAGUACUGGUUGGGUUGACCAGUAAGUACAAAGAGGCUACGCGACAUGAAUUUCAGAAAUGGACUGAAAAUGGAGAGCUGUGUAACAGAUACACUACAUUGGAAGAACUGACUUCUGAAAUGAAGGGAAAAAAAAAUCCACCCCACCGAUACCUAUUCCUUCCCGCCCCUCUCCUCCCUGUUUACCUAAUCUAGAUUAGACAUCUUCCAGAUCACUUUUAUUUCAAUCCUUCUAUUUCAUAUACUUCAGUCUCAAUGCUGUUAAGUUACAUUUGGAGAGAUAAAUGAAUUUUUCCCAAACCACUGAUAACGUGGAAAAUUCAAGGAUUGUUUAAAGGCGUGAUGAUCACAUACAAAAUGUAAUUCUGGUUAUUUAAGUCAUUUCUGUGAUUCUAUCAUGUGCAGUUUCCAGAAUUGUCACUGUGCAUUCAAAAGUGAUGAAUCUCCCCGAAUUUGAUUUAAUGUGCACUCCCCUUUCCUUACGGUGUGCAUUUUUUGGAGGUCAUUAAAAUUUUUCCUCUUCUGUGAUUGCUGUAGUUUCUUUUAUAGAUAGUAGCUAAUCUGAUGUAAUCUUUUACCUUUAAACAAAACCAGAAUAGAACACCUACCUAUUAGAGUUAUACAUUGUUGAUGACAGAUUAACAAUAAAGUGAUGUUCUGGUGGAGAUAGAGUGAAAUGUUUUUUAAUUCAGUUUUCUCAUUUGAUACUUUUAAUUUACAAAGUGUAAAGUUUUGCACUGUGACAUGUAAAUUAAAAGUGCUUUAGUUUACCUAGCAUUUUAGGACAUGUACACGAAAUGCCAGCAGAAGUGAGAACUACCAUCUUUUAAGUUCCGUUACUAGUCUGACAUUGCUUUACCUACUGUGUGCAUAAUCUUCCUAGCUUGCUGUUCAGUAAUAGAGAAUUCAUGACCAAGGUUUCUUUCCACCUAGCAUCAGAUCUUAGUACUGGUUGACAUAAACCCUUCAUUAAAAUAAUAAAUCCACCCUUUGGGUCGUCAAAAUCACACAGCAACACAAAAUUGUUUGGGCACAUCUCCCUUGCACUGGAGUUGUGGACAGUAGUCACGUCAUGUCCUGCUACCUACUCUUCAGAGGAGGCAAGCUUGGAGGGUACUAAGGAAAGACUCCAUGGGCUUGGCAUUCCCUGUGUUCUCAGGGCCAUUAACCUGUAAUCUUUACCCACCAGAGAAUGAAUUUCAGUUUUCAGUACCUACUUAAUACUUCCAAGUCUUGCAAGAAAGUGGGUGUAUUCUUUAAUUCCCAUUUGUCCAGUGGCAAGUUUAAAGAAUCCAGGGGACCAAAGUUUAUUUUCCUGAUUUUGAACUCUCAUUUUCACUGUCAAAACAACCUUGCUGGAAUAAUGACGCCAUAUUGUAUUUUGCAGGCUGCUUGACUUCCUAUUCGCUUUUUGGGGUUAUUGUACUAGCCACUUGAUUACCUCUGCUCUAAAGAUUGGUCUUUUGAGCAAAUUCUCUGUCACCAGGAGAAAACCCAUGCACAUUUGUUUGUCCAUAGAGGUAGUGUUCAGAAAUUGCAUCUUCCUAUGUGGGUAAAGAUGAGUGAAAUAGGUGAAUUUUACUGCCCGUUUUCAGGCAUCAGAGGUACCCGGCACCUUAUCCAAGCAUAAACAAGACAGCUUUAUUUCAAGAAACAUGUGCCUCUGGAAAACUAUCCAUCACUUGUAUUUUAAAAUAGUCCCUUAGAGAACACUGUGGCGUGUACAAUAUGUGUGUAGUUAGUUAUAGGGCUCCGUUCACAGAGGACUUCAAAGGGUGUUCUUCACUGCACUCUAGGUAAGACUCUUCCUUUGGUGGGUUUGGUGGCUUCUGCACUGUUGCGCAGAGCCAUCCAGUGUGAACUUUGGUAAAAGGCCUUGUCAGACAAGUCAGGGCCGUGUUUGGGGGAUUAUUUUGUGAAAUAAUGUAACAUUAGAGUGCUAUAGUUUUGAAGUCAUAUGCUUGUCGACAGAAUACCAUGGAGAACCAGGGAUAUGUCUUUUGUGUCUAUCCCCCUUUUACUCCCCCCUCUCGCUUUCUCCACCCCUUCACUCUCUUCCAAGAUUCAGGGGGUACAGAGUAAUUACAACCUUUUCUUUUCAAAGUACCCUUGGAAAUUGGAGUUUUCUCUUAAAUGUUGUCUUUAAUUGGCUAGACUAGUCUGAAUUUUUAGUUGAUUGUGGGUUUUUAAUAGUGUAGUGGAGCUAUUUCUGUUUUUCUACUCAGUGUGUCUAAUUUCUGUUUCUGGUCAUGAGUUCGUAACAUAGUUUUUUGAGUGAUGAGGGUUCUUUUUUGUCUGACACUUGAGUUUUUUUUUUUUUUAAGCUAAGUGAGAUUUCUGUGUGCAAACUGGCAGUCAGACUCUUGAUUUUCUUUCCUGAGUUGCUGUUUUUAGAGCUCAGUCCCCAGGUUCUGGGGGAGGACUUGUACUACAAAGAAAAAUAUCCAUCACUUCUGCCCUUAACAGCUUAGGAAGUAGUUUUCUUAGUAUUGUCCUGUGUUUGGUGUUACCAGCAUUGUGGUGUUUUUGAUUUUUUAAUUGUGAUUGUUCUGAUGUGUGAAAUUUAAGGAAAGAGCCAUUUUUAAAAAAUGCUGAGCAGGGCAAUGCAAGUACAGCCAAAUAUUAGAGUUGAUGUGCAAUCUUAGGUCCUUAGUUCGGGGUACUGUAGGCAGUGCUUUGAAUCAAAAAAGUCUUCCUGGCCUACUUUUUUUCCUCCACUUUUUUGUAUUACUCUGGGGGCUUACUUGUUUGGCAGUACUAAAAAUCAAAGGAGCUGGUUCUUCUUUUCUCUGGAUUCUUUUCAUAGUAGUAAAAGCACCUACAGUUAGCUUGUUACUACUUACAUACAGCAAAUACCAGUGAAUGCAUUACUAUGAGCACAUUUAAGCAUUUUUUAAAAAAUGUAUGUUUAGUAUUAACACCAGUGUCCCAUUUUAUAUCUUGCUGAGCUUAUUAAAUGCCAGUAGAUUUAGGACUAGAACUUUUCCCUUUUAAAACAAGGGUCUCUUUAAAGAGGUGAAUUUUGCUUUCAGUAUUAGGGUGGUAGAGAGAUUUCUCCUGUGGGGAAAAUCUAGCAUUAUGAAAAUUUCCAAAUGUUGAAGAGGGAGAAAUUCACUAUAUUAUGAAGCCCUGAAGGUUUGCUGUGAUUUUCCUGCUUUUUGGCCUGGAUAGCAGUGUCACUAGCUUUAUUAUUAAAAGGGUAAACUCACUGAGAGAAGCUUUUUGGGUUCAAGUGUUAGCUUGUAAAGCAAUCCCUUUGCUUUCCAUGAGAAUUCAUCUGGGCUGACUAGGAAAAACUUGUGCUAAUGUAAAAACUGUCAAUUAGCAUUUUUGAAGAAAUGGUAACCUCUUAAAAUUGCAUGUUCUGAAAUGUAGACAUUUAGAAUGCUUUUCUUCCCAAACAGGCUGAUUAUACAUAUAUACAUACAUACAUAUUUUUCUUUUACUGGACAGUUGAAGUUUCAGCUUCUGUUUCAAGUUCUUGUGUCACUUAUUUUUCUGGUUUAAGUUUCUCCUGUGUUUCCACCUGUAAUGUCAGUGGCAGCGAUCUCACACCUCACUUGUUUUCUCCCUUAUUAUAAGAGCAAGUUGAGUUGAACUUAAUCUUCUUGUCCUACAAAACACUGUAUAAAUAGUGGCAUCUCUGUAUAAAAGGUGGAAAUACCUCCUCAUGGACAUAAUUUUGUGAUUGUAUUUAAGAUUAAAAGUUGAAUAAAUCACACCAGCUUCCUGCAAAAGUUGAUAAUGCAUCUUUUGGAAACAAAAAUGCCUACUGAGCAUAUUUGCAUUAACAUGGCGAAGAUUGUAUGAAAUAUUUGUUUUUCAGAAAAUAAAGGUUCAGUCUUAAAAAGAUA